CACCAGAGCCCUCACACACGCUCUCACACUCACACACACGCUCUCACCCUCUCACACACACACACACACACACACACAGGGCAGGAGCAGCCCACCAGCACGCUCUCUCUCUCUCUCUCUCUGUCUCUCUCUGGUUGCCUCUCUCUCUCACACACACACACAUACACACACACACACACUCACCCACCAAUCUCCUGCCUCCCUCCCCAAAACAUACACACGCUCACACUCUCAGAGCCACUAGAGCAGACAGCUGGACAGCUCUUGGACUCCUGCACAGUGUGGACUUGACAGGCACCAUGCGCGGCAGCACAGGACCUCAACGUGGCUGUGGAAUCUGACCAGAUAUCUGACAUCAUCGCUUGCGAGGACCUCUUCUCCUUCUCUUAUUAUUGGGGACCUUUGUCAGUCAUAAAUUUGGAUCUGCCAUCACUGUGAGGACGACUUUGCUAUUGGAGACUUUCGUCAGGCAUAAAUGCCAAGACGUCUUUUUUUCCCAAGAUUUCACCAGUCGUAAAUUCAAAAGGUGAAGGAAUCAUCAUCAUCGUUGGAUGACUAGAAAGACCAUGAAGAGCAUGAUCAGCACCUGACCAGCUGCUGUGGAAGGAGACGUGUCUUCCUGGGUCCAGUAUUGAGUACCUGUGCCCAAGCUUAUCACCCUCUCUGUGUGGACUUAACGUUUCUUAUCAGCAUGAGUCUGAGGAAGAAGAGGCCGAGUGUUGCCUUUAGCUGGCACAAGUCCUUCGCCAUCCUGGCCCCCUGGAGAAAAGGAAAAGGUGACGUGAUGCUGGAAAACGAAGUGGUCCUUACCAAGAUGAAGCUCCUCAACAACUUUGAGCGGUGUAUCAGCCUGGAUGACUCCGCCUCCACCCUCUCGCUGUCCGUCUCAGAGCACGAGGUACCCGAGUCGAUGAUGAAGGGUGCCGAGGUGAGCUCCGUGAAGAGUGCCCCCAGUGGCCAGGAGGCCAAAGAGGAGGAUUACCUCUCCAGCAUGUUCCCAGACCAGCAGCUGCCCCGGCUCUACAAGUUUGAGUCGGAGGACUCCGGCGUGGAGAUGCCCAGUGGCGCAAACUCGCCCUCCACCCCCACGGGCUCAGAGCAGAGCUUUGUGGUGCACAGCCGGGAGUCGUCGCGCGACUCGGGGGCCCUCGGCCUGACCUCCCCGCUGCCCACCCAGGACCCCCUCCUGCUGCUGGAGGCAGAGUGUGCCGAGAUGCUGCAGAGGGCCGAGAUGGAGCUGGAGAUGGCACAGCUGGAGGAGACGGUGAUCGCGGACGGGGAUCUGCUGGAGACAGACCUCACCGAGGUGGACGGCAUGUUGGCAGGAGCGGAGGAGGAGGACCAGGAGGGUGAAUGCCAAAAAGAAGAGGGGGUGGUAAUGGUGGUGGUGGACGAGGAGGAGGUGGUAAGGGAGGCGGCACAGGGGUCAAACCCAGGUAUGGAGCGGCCCGAUGACGGGCCCUUGAGGCACCCCUCAGUGGACAGGCAAGGCGAGGGGGAGCCAGAACAGCUGGUGGUGGACCAGGGAGAGGGGGUAUUUGAGACUAUGGCUGUCACGGCGGAGGUGGAGGAGGACUUGAUGAGGGUAAGGACUGAUGGCUCGGGUCAGGCCUGUGAGGACGCAGAUGUGGUGGGGGGAGAGUUCCAGGCGGCUCCCCUGAGGAAAAGCACGACCAGCGACAGCUUGGACCAGUACAUGGAGGAGUGUUGCAGACUGAGUGAGCAGGCGAGCCAGUCCCAGUCCCAGUCUCCUCUGGGCUCAGGCCUGGGCUACCUGGAGCACAUCUGCCAGCUGAUCGAGAAGAUCGGCCAGCUGCAGGAGCACAACCUCAAGCUCCAGAAGCAGAUCUGCAGCCUGCAGAAGGACGGACGCGUCAUCAAGACCAAGGAGGACUUCUUCGUGCAGCAUUGUAACUGCGGGGCGGCGAGCCUGGCCUUCCAGGAGCUGAAGCGGCAUUCCCGCAGCGACUUUCCCAGCGGCACGCUGUCUGACCUGACCACCAUCCCCGAGGUCACGCACAACCCCCUCAGAGCAGGGCGGAGAGAUGGCGACUCGGUCUUCCAGCCCAGUGUUCCGCUGUGGAGGCGGGGCCUAAACAGGCGGAGCUACACGGAGGGGGAGGCUCGUUACCUGGGCGACAGUGCGGAGGUCCUCUGUGCCCCUCACAGGAGGCUAAGUGAGAACUACACGUGGGGCAAGGUGAAGGAGUUGGUGAAGAAGACAAAGCUGCGCAACCAGAGCCGUCUGGGCCUGUCCUCCAGCUCCCUCAAGAACUCCUGCCCGCAGCUCUACAGACCUGACCUGGCCCCCAUGGACGUGCCCCGGAACAGAAACUCUAUGAUCGCCCUUGGCAACCAGAGCAGAGCUGACCUCCUGUGGGCACAGUAGCGCCAUGCAGAACACAGACAGCCCUCUCUCCCCGGCCUCCCUGGCCCUGGCAAUUCCCCGCACACUACCACGUUGACAGGGGGGCUGACGUGUUUCCCAGAAGAGAGAGGAGUAGAGUACAACCUGGAGGAUGGAUGGACGGAGAGAAGUUGCACAAGUAAAACAAGAAAACAGAACAACAUCAGAAAGACAGCGAGAGGAGGAGGAGGAGGAGGAGGAAAAGAGAAGUGAGAGCGAGAGAGAUGAAAGAAAGGAAAACAAGAGGAGAGAAACGAAAUGGACUAAAAUGGGAAGGUAGAAGAAUGUUCCAAGAAAGCACAUGCUGCCUCAGAGACGUACGUGUGUACACAGAACUCAUAACGACCCGUUGUGAAUAUUACCUUUAUGAGGACGAUACACCAAAGAUACUCUAAGAACAGACUUUAAAUACUCUUUGGUUACACACCAACAAUACAGCUGACAAAGCAUUGUUGCUAACCAUAUAGCAACUUAAUCGGUUUCCUAUGGGA